GAGGUGCGUCUGACGAGCAGCAUGAGGUUGAAACGAUGAGCUGGACGUGUAAGGUAGGAAGGUAGCACCCAGUGAUAGAUGCAGGAACACUCGAGGGGUAAUGCAGGGGUCGGGGAUGGAGCUCUCGGUAAAGGAUCAGGGCAGCCGCUGGCGCAGUCCAGAGUUGAGGGUGCGAUGACUCUUUACUCUUACUAGUAUCGCGCUUGCGGAGACACUUUUUGUCACCUAGGACCUCGAAUCCUCUCUCCUGUGUUUGUUAACUAUGAGCCAUUGAACACCAUGGCAGUCACUACGCGAUCUCAGCUCUACCAGGCUGAACAAGAAGGCGAAGUCUCAAGCUGUGUGGCCAAUCUUAUCCAAGCUUUCACAGACGGGCUCAACAUCUUCAAACGACUACGCGAGAGGAGGCGCAAACGCAAGGCGCGAAAACAGCAUCCUGAAGUGGAGAGAGUAACGGGCGCAGAGCUCCAACUGAGCGACUCGUUGAAGAAGGGGCCUAGUGAGUUGGCGUUGAGAUAUGCGCAGUGCUACGGUGCGGUUGGACAGCAAUUCGCGUGGGGUGAUUCGGUUGCGCAUGCGUCUCUUGCGGAGACGCUGAUCCGGUUGAACACAGGGCUGGUCGCCAUCAUUGCGUCUUUCUUGAAUCAUGAUACUCACAAGGGAAAGAGUUCUUUGAAUCUGGAUUACAAAUCCCUCAUAAAUCUGUCAGAUGAUUCGAGAAGACAUGCGCUUCAGAGCUUGGAUCAACUCUACUACAGACUGAAUCGAUCACAGUUGUAUAUGCAAAGUAUCGCUCCGCCUGCCUACCCGGGGAGUGGAAGCACAAGGCAUCACGAGAGCUCAGGACAAACAGAGAAAGAAAAGAGGAGGCAUACAUCAUCGUCAUCAUCAUCAAGACAACGCUCGACUGGACCAACCGUUACACGCAUGCCGGUCAAAAGCUCCAACCAUCCACAACUCGUCAUGGUAAGACCAAAGAUUUUGAAGAAAGGAAGUUCAACAAGCAGCUCGAGUUCCGCAAAGUCGCCUUCCAGAGGUUCGUCCACAACUUCUCCAAGCACUUCGCCCAUGUCCUCGCCAGUACAGAAGUACAUCACCAUGGAGCCGUUGGAGAUUCAACCAAUCGAUUGUGUGAUAAAGGGUACCUUGGGAGGGAGAGUUGAGAGACCAAGAGUAGAUUCUUUCGACACAGUUCGACCGCAGUUCAAGCACAGCCUCCAUACAGCAUCGGAACAUGUACACCACCCAACACCGAAGUUACCCAAUUUCACACCUACGCCGAGAAAACCAUCGCCGCAGUCUUCCCCACACCGCGCCAAGCCCCUGCCAUCUCUUCCAACAGCAAUCUCUCCAAUCAAACGACGUCUUGACAAAGCCACGCCGUCGUCGUAUACCUUCGCAUCCGAUAGCACGAAACUUGGCGAGAUACCACAACGACACUGGUCAACGCCGUGGGAUCAAGAAGAGGCAGAGCGUUUGAAUAACGAGGCUGCAAUGACUGGGCAGCCGAUAGAGGUGGUCAUGGAAGAUAAAUCGAAGACAAAGAAGGGGCUGAGGAGGUUUUUGAAGCGGGGGAAUAGCAGUGGAGAGGCUGUCUGAGGAUGUAGGUGUGCUGUAACAAUUUGUCCGAACAUUUCCUAUUUUGUUAUCUUGAAUCUGAGCCUUACUAAUGGGGAGGGGACGAUGGUAUUGUUGUUGCUGCUCAGUGGGUUGUAAAUUGGACUUGACCACGACGACGGAGAAGAUGUGCGCUGAUGGUAACGAGUUACGAUGUUAUGACCAAUUUGAUAGGAACAGUAUACCCAUGCUAUAUAGCAACAGAAUAUGAAUACCAUUUAUGAAGAUCGAAU